AUGUACCCCUUCUGCGGGCACCCAUACAAGGAGGUUGCCCCAAAGUAUGCCCGCAACGCGGAUACGAACUACGGCAACGGCGUCUGCCGCCGGUACAAUAUCGCCUUCUGCGAGCGCGCCAAAGAAGGCAUGAGCGGGCCCUGUGUCACCUAUAAUAACGAUGAGACAGAGUAUCGGUGUGCACUGAUGGAACUGCCGGAUACGGUGGUGAAGGUGGAUUAUAAUGACUGUGAUCUGGAAAGUAGUAAGUUUGAAAUGUUUCCGGAGGCAGUUGUCGCCUUGAGGGCUGCAUGGCUAAUAGUUUGGGGGUCAAUAGAUUCUCUCGGAUGUAAGGCUGGGACCCCGAAGAGGGAGACGGAUAGGUUUGGGAGGCCCGCGACUAGGACUAUCAGUGGCGGGAUAUUUACGGGGCCGAAUAGGAGGGUUCAGAGGGGGUAUGAGGAUAAGCAGUAUAGGUAUGAUAAGAGUUGGGAGAGAAAUACCUAG